GACAAACCCAUCUCCAAUAUCAUUCAUUCUAAUUUCUACCUUGAAAAAAACUUCCAUAGCGUUAGGACUCGUUGUCUAUGGCUUAAUUAGAGAUUUAUCUCAAGAAAAGUACCAUUGUCUACAAUUCUGAUAUGAACCAUAUUCCUCUUAUCAAUUUCCUGCAUUCCGUCUCACUCGUUCUAUUAUAUUGGUUCUACGUGUUUUCUUGAAUUUUCUUUCACGUUUUAGUAACUUCGUAUUUCUCAGUUUUCUUUAAGCUAUAAUACUUUUUUGAAUCUAUCGUUAAGAGUUCAGUAAUACGGGAAAAAAGAUGCCGUCCACACAAUCUGCGAGCUCGGGGUCUGAAGCUGAUGCAAUUAAAUACGGAUUAAUGGAUGAGAAGAAAAGGAAGAGGAUGCAAUCAAACAGAGAAUCUGCAAAGCGCUCGCGAAUGAAGCAACAGAAAAAGAUGGAGGAUUUAGUCGAUGAAAAGGCAAUGCUGUUGAGAGAGCUUAAGAAGAAUAGCGCAAGUUACUCUGGCCGGGAGAGAGGAUGGCAUUCCCUGGAGUCAGAGAACAAUCUUUUGAUAGCUGAAAAGAUGUGCUUGGCCAAGCGUUUAGACAAAUUUAACUCACUUAUCGUCAAUCUUGGGCUUGUAGAAAAUAACACACCCAAAAGUCCGGAGCUAAUAAUGUUGAAUACAUCGCUGCUUCCACAAUGCAGCUUGUCGCAGCCUCCGCCGGAAGGUUUUGGCUUGAAUUCAGUAAGUGGCCGAGGAUUUUGAUCUCGUGGACAAGUCUGCAUGACAUUGGUUGAUGUCUUUACGUGGAUUAUAUAAUUUGUCGAUGGUGGUUUGGUUGCUCAUUGUUUUCAAUUGGUAAUUUAAGUUGUCUUUCUUGACCCUGUCCAUGACUAUUGGAUGUCGUACAUAGUUUUCGUACGAAUGAAGAGAAGAGCAUUAGGAUGGCAUGAUUACUCAUAUAUACUUGACACUGAUAAAUUGAGAUGCAAUGCCUUAAUUACAUGCAGUAUGGUCCGAUAUGCAAGAGGCAAAAUAAGCAGAAUCUCCACAGUUUAGAGCAAUUUGUUGGAACACCAAAAUC